ACUCGGUCCAGAUACCCGCCGCCGGAGCCCGGCGUGUGGGUUGGACGAGGGCACCGAGGCAAAUGUGCAAUACCAAGAUGUCGUCUCUUACGGAUGCCUCUUCUGUCACCGCUUCGGAGCAAGAGGCGCUGGUUAAACCAAAGCCACUAUUGUUGAAGUUGUUAAAGUUAGCUGGUGCAGAAAAGGACACUUUUACUAUGAAGGAGGUAAUAUUCUAUCUUGGACAAUAUAUUAUGUCUAAACAAUUAUAUGAUGAAAAACAGCAACAUAUUGUACACUGUGCAAAUGAUCUCCUGGGGGAUUUAUUUGGAGUAACAAGCUUUUCAGUAAAAGAACACAGGAGACUAUAUUCAAUGAUUUCCAGAAAUCUGAUAGCAAUCAAUCAACAAGACUCUACGCUUGCUGACACACCUGAGGAUGAUGCCAGAUUUCAGCUUGAAGAAGAAAAUGUUAAGGAAUCUAUGCAAGAGUUAGAAGAGAAGCAGACUUCAUCAAAUGUGACUUCCCGACCAACUACAUCUUCUAGGAGGAGAACACACAGUGAAUCUGAAGAAAACUCUUCAGAUGAUCUGCGAAGUGACAGAAGAAAACGACACAAGUCAGACAGCAUUUCGUUGACGUUUGAUGAAAGUCUGUCAUGGUGUGUAGUCAGUGGUCUGUGCCGUGAAAGAAGCAAUAGCAGUGAUUCAACAGAUUCUCUUUCCAUUCCUGAUCUUGAUGCCAGUUCAUUAAGUGAAAACUCUGAUUGGUUUGACCACAGUUCUGUUUCAGACCAGUUUAGUGUAGAGUUUGAAGUUGAGUCUAUUUAUUCAGAAGAUUAUAGCCAUAAUGAAGAAGGACAGGAGCUCACAGAUGAAGAUGAUGAGGUAUAUCAGCUGACUAUUUACCAGGAUGAAGAUAGUGAUGCUGAUUCAUUUGAUGAAGAUCCAGAGAUUUCUCUAGCUGAUUAUUGGAAGUGUCCCGAAUGUAGCGAAAUGAAUCCUCCGCUUCCACGACAUUGCCACAGAUGCUGGGCCCUUCGUGAGGACUGGCUUCCAGAUGAAAAGAGCGAUAAAUUGGAAAAGAGCAAAUUAGGAAGUUCCUUCCCUCUAGAGUCUGAAGAAGGUUUUGAUGUUCCUGACUGCAAGAAGGUGAAAAUGACUGAAGAUAAAGAACCAGCUGUGGAGGAGAAUGAGGAUAAAGCAGUACAAAUUUCAGAGUCCCAGGAGAGUGAAGAUUAUUCCCAGCCAUCAACAUCGAGCAGCAUGUUCUGUAGCAGUCAGGAGGACUAUAAGGAACCUGAGAAGAGAGAAAUGCAAGACAAAGAGGAAAGCGUGGAAUCCAGUCUGCCUGUUACCAGCAUAGAGCCCUGUGUCAUAUGUCAGAGCAGACCUAAAAAUGGCUGCAUAGUACAUGGCAAAACAGGACACCUCAUGUCAUGUUUUACGUGUGCAAGAAAACUUAAGAAGAGGAACAAACCCUGUCCGGUGUGCAGACAGCCCAUACAAAUGAUUGUACUAACUUAUUUUAGUUAGAUGGAUGUUGACUGGAAAGUAGCAAAAGAAACUUCAUAAACUGGUUAAGAGAGUAAGAAACUAUUUUUGUAUGCUUAUUGGAAAAUGAAUAUUUUGGGUCUCUCUACAUUUGGUAUGAAAAGUAAUUGCUGAAGUAAAUGCACUGGAGUUGUUAAGAGGUUAGCCUAAUAGUCGUAAGUCAACUUGAAGAUUUUAAAUCCUUCUUAGUAGAAAUAACCAAUUCCUGUAAACUACCUGCCUCUCCAAGUGUUUUAUGUUCCAUACAAGUUAGUGACAUUUGUUUUACUGGAUUUAAAUACACACAUUAAAAACCCAAAUUCAAUGAUUAUGAGAGGAGAGACAUGCUGAAGAGUUCGUUCAUGUGAGUUCCUCCUCUUAAGAUUCUCCAAAUUCCGGUAUCUGUUGCCUGGUGAAGACACCAGGCUCAAUCAGAACCCUCUGAAUAAGUCAAUAAAAUAAAUAAGUAGAAUCUCAUCUCCCUCAUUCCCAAAACUUAAAUUCCUCCAAGUAACCAAAUUAUGGAGGAGAUCUUACCAGGAAGUGGGGAAGAUGUGACAGAAAAUCAUUUAAGGUUUUGGAAAUAGAAAAGGGUGUUGUCUGUCUUUUAUAGUGUGCAUUGUAAACUUCAGGGCUGUGUGUGUCUUGAAGUCAUUGAUCCAAGUUCAGUCUUACAGUUCUCUCUUAAACGUCCUGAGAAACUGGCUCUUAAAAUGCUUUGUGGGUUUGGAGGUCUGUGCUAUCCUGAUUAUUAUUGUAGCAGCAUGAGAAAAGACUUGAACAGGUAAGAUAAAUGAAGGAGAUGCUAUGUAAUGUCAAGUCAGGCAAUAUUAGGAGACAAUCGUAUUCUUUUUCUGCACUUGUUUUUGACUUCAGCAGUAUAGCAUGCAGCUUGGUCGCUACAUUCGCUUGAAUAAAAAUAGUAAGAAAAAAAAGUCCACCUCCAUCUGCAGAAACAAAUGAGCUGCGUAGUUCUAGUUCACACAGACAUUCUUUAAAUUCAGUAGUCUUUCCAACUUACACUGUAUUUUUAUCUGUAUCACAAGAAUUCUGAAAAUCUGUUGCAAGAUGUUUGGCCAACUCAAAGUCGGUCUCACUGCACCUGUCCUUCACUGCUUUUAGCUCUUGUCUCCUCACUGUACUUUGUCAAAAACUUUGUGAAACUUAGCAGUUCCUUUAUUAAGGAGUCUCCUAACUGACUCAGUUCUGUGGUGCAUUCAGAGUAGGUAGUGUGAGUGUAUUUUUGUAAGCUUGGAUAUCUUCAGGAUAUAGUUAGAUUACUCAUCUGAGCUGUUUUUCAGAUGGAGAGUUUCUGUACCGGUGAGUUGUAUUUAUUCUUCUGGAAAAAUAGAUUACAAGCGGAACCGUAUGUUUUUAGCACCCUUUCAUUUUACAGGUAGUUGCUGAUCCAUCUGCCCAAUAGAGAAUGGCAAAUAAGUAGUCAGGGGAGUGCCAAGAAUGGAGAUGUAGCCUAAAUGCAGGAAUUGUGCUAUGUUGCCGUCCUGCAGGCCAAGGUCAAACAGCUUCCUUAACACCCCCAGUACAAAACUGUUGAUGCCUGUGUGCUAGCGCAAAGACUUUGAAUGCUGUAAUUACCUUCAUGUCAGAGCUGAAAUAGUUGCUCUAGCAUGAAGUGUCUGUAAACCAGGGCUGCAAACGCCUGGAAGGCAAGGAAGUACCUGGGAAAAGGACAUAAAGCUGUACAGGAGAGACUCGGUCAACCCUUGGUUGUUACUUGCCUGCAGAGAAAUACCUUCAUAGGUCAAGACUGAAUUACCGGGAUCAGUCAUGUUUUGUUCAUACAGUUGAGGCUAAUUUUUUAAAAAUACUGCUAAAAGAUACUGGUAUCUCUAAAGUUUUACCAUAAUUCAUUUUAACUAAACAAAAUGUGAACCCUAGUUGUAUAUGUUUCUUCAAAUUUGUACUUGCAAAUUGCUUGCCUCUUGCAAUUUGUAAAGCUACAGCAGGUAGCGGAAAGUUCUUGAAGUUCUCUGGUCAGCAGAAACCUUUCAUGGGUUUCAUGGGAUUUGAUAAUCCUUCAGCCUGAGACGGAGAAGUCCUUUGGGCAGAUAUUUAAAUUCUUCAAGUAGGGAUGCUUCUAAUAGAUGGCUACUUGCCUUAAUUCACACUGCUUCCUAUUUAUUUUUCUUAAUUUUUGAUUUGAUAAACUUAAGUGCAGUGAAGCUUGCAGAGGCUCUUCCAUUGCCUGCAGGUCAGAACCAACAAGUGGUUGUGUUGGGGUCUGGAAUCUGCAGCUGAGAGAGAGUUGUAGACGUGUAUGUUCAGGAGAAGCGUUGAUAACAGGAGGACUGUACUUAAAAAGCUUUGUCCAUUACAUUGUCUCCUGUGUCUUCUGCUUUUUCAGUGUGAUACCUUCUCUGCAGUCAUGGUGAUGGCUGUGUAGCUGCAGCUCUGGGGGAGCAGCUGUUCUUACCUAGUUCCUACUGGGGCAGAUUGUACCAUCCCGCUCUUUGCAUUCUCUUCCAAUCAAUCCCCUUCAGUGAUCUCUGUAUUUAAAAAAAAAAUUCAGCUCUCAAAAAGGCACGUAUGGUCAGAGCGAUGAUCCUUGCUGUUCACAAUCACUCAGCUUUGGGAUUUUUUCUUGAAAAACAAUUUCACCUCCCAGUAACACUUUCUGUUUUGGCAAAAGAUAAACUGAGAGCAUACAGCAUAAUGGAUUUUCCCUUUUAUGAUCUAAAAUUGUACUUCCCUUGCAUGUCUUCUGUUGUGGAGAAUAGCCCUGGAAGUACCCUCCACUCCAUAGAACGCUGAGGGCAUGGGUCAUUUUGAUUUCUGCAGCUAUGGCCAGACUACUGUGUCAGAGUGAACCUUUGUUUUGAAUUACAUUUUCUGGCUUAAUAUUAUUCUUUAUAACUUCUAGUAAAACGUUAGGGUUUGGUGGGGUUUUUUCCCACAAAGCAUGCCUUACAAAUAAGGGAGUGAUGAAUAUUGGUGUCUAUUCCAGUUCCUACAGAAGAUGCUGGCAGGCAAGUGCGUGCCUGGGGCUUGGGGGGGGCGGCGCUGUGACCCCAGCGCUGCGGCCCCGGCCCCGGGGCCUGGACGGGUCUUCGGUCCGCAAGGCUGAAAUCUUUGGGUCUGCCUCCGCGCUGUCACCCCAGCCCGCGCUCGGUACUUGUGGGGUGAGUGGUGACCCGCCGGGUGUUCAUCACCCGGUUCUUUCUGGCCUGUAAACGCGUUUCUGGCCUCGGGUAGUGGCACAAAAGUCGGCAAAAUUUUAGUACAGAAGUUGACGAUUGUCCUUACUUGGUGAGGUCUUUGAGAAUUGUUAUUUAAUAUCUCACACAUUUUAAUCUUUAAUUUAUUGCAGUUUGUAAAUAUUCUUGUGCUUACAGUUAGUGUUUUGAGCUUUAAUUUAUUGAAUUAGUCUAUUGGUACGUGUGUAGAUAGAUAAAAAUGCAUACUUGGUAAAUCAUAGUCACAAGAAGGAUUCUUUAAGAAAAUGUAGCAUUAAAGAGAUAUAUUCAGAUUAUAUUCAGAUUAAGAGGGGCAUAGGAAGAUUUAUGACUUUGAUUUCUUUUUUCCUUCCCUUAAAACAACUUCGGUGUAGAACCUGAACAACAUUUAUUAAAUAGAGAUGGAGGCUGGCGCAACAUUAGCAGAGUGAAAAUAUUUUGAUGGUGUUUGUGUGUUUUCCUUUGGAAUGCUUUUGCAUCUCUGAGUACAGCCAAGAAGCUAACGGACCACUUCAUUGUGCUGGUGCCAUCGGAGGUGGUGGUCUGGAAGGUGCGGUGAGGUGAUGAGAGGUUUUAAGGUUAAUUUGCAACGGGUGGUAAUUGCUUUGGCCUUUGAACAUGUGACCAAGAAAGUUGAAGGGAUGGCCAGAUGCUGACAAAACGUGACAGUACACAAUUUUCAAUAAUUGUCUUAGUCUGUUCCUUCGUGCACUUCAGGUAGACAACAGUUAUGUAAAAAUGCUAGAAGAACUCGCAUUUAUUCUUUUUUAUAAAGUACAGUAAACCCACUUUUUUAUUAAAUAUGACUUUUUCACUAUGUAGCUGUUAAUUAGUACUGAAAUUCAACUCUUGACCCGAGGAAGCGCAGUGCAAAGUGAAGUACUUGAGGCAGAUGGCAAAAUUGCUUCGUUUCAGUGUCUGACAUUUCUCAAAAAGGCUAGAAGCGUUGAAUAUUCCAACAUUUGAGAACCUUUAAUACCAAGUCUUCACUUAAGAUUUAUUAGUUACAAAGUCUGCUGCUUUUGUCCUUUAAAAAACUUGCACAGCUGAAACAGAAGUGGCUGGAUUGCUGAUUAUAUUGAAUAUUCACGCUGCAAGGAUUGUGUUUUUUGUUGAGCAGCCCUCCUUGAAUGUUGUUUUAGUGUUAGGAGCACACUGGAAGAAACGUGCGCCGUGCCGUGCCACGCAGGGGGCUGGGGCUGCCGCUUCAGUUAGCAGGUGGGUUUAGAAGGGGUAAAAGUGCUACAAAAUUGUAAUUAAUUGAUGAAAAGCAUUAUAUUUAUUCUAAUGGCGUGGUACAAUUUUUAUCAGGGUUCUGUUUGCUGUAAAUUUGUGUGAACGUCGCUGUCUGUGAAAUGUCUGUGUGGGUAUGAAGCCACGUGCGAGGCUUCGGGCAGACUUCCCCUUGAAGAUGAAUGUGAGGGGAAAAAGAAUUCCUCAUUCUUAGGGAAAGCGUCAGCAAGAGUAAUUGUUUCAGAAAAUUGUGUUCUUACAAAAGAGAGAUUAGAAAAUUAUUAGAAGCCUAAUGAAACAAAAUAAACUGAAAUUAAUAAAUAGGAUUAAUAUUGGGGUGAGGAACUUCUCUUCCCCAUCUUAAUCUAAAGCUGCUGUUGUGUUAGGGCGUAACUUCAGAAGUAAGAGUUUAUAGUUAUAAAGCAGUUAAUUUAUUCAGCAUGUUAACUUCCCACACGUACGGUGGGGCAGCAGUUAUCCCAGGAGGAUACGGCAUUUUGUUGUGCAACACUCAGCCUAAAAAGGACCAUUUGCUGUGGCGGUGCUUCCCUGUGGGAAAGAGUGUUGGAACACGCGCGCGCCUACGGGACUCGCAGAAGGGCGGCGUUCGCACCUCUUCGGACCUCUGCUGUCCGCUCCUCAUCGCUCGCAGUGCCGGCAGGUGGGUGCAGGCUUUGAGUGGCUGUAGGGUCACCUGUGCGCUUAAUAAAGCGCAUGACGUAGUGCGUUUGUACCCUUAACGCGUGCCCCCUGCGUUAUUGUACGUCCGGCUCCCGUAGGCCAGCGCUUCGCUAGAGCGUCGGCUCUCCCGGCUGGCAGGUGCGUGUCUGUUCCGGGGGCGUUACCUGCCCGACUAACUGAACUUUUCCAGCAAAGCCUUAUCUGGAGUUAGUUGUCGUUUAAAGGUUGUGUAAGCAAAUGUAAAGCAAAAAAAACCCAAAAAACACCCCCAAAACGUGGGCUUAAGGCAUCUUUUAACAAUGGAUUGCACUUACGGAACACGAAAAAUUGUUGCUUUUAACUGUGUGCUUUUUUUUUUUUUAACUUAGCACAGAUGCACUGAAAGCUUCAAGUGAAUGCCUCUCUGUAGUGUGUGUGUAUAUAUAUUCUACAUGUAAAAUGUUGGUGAUGCUCCCCUUUUGAGUAGAUGUUGCUUUAAUGCAACAGCCUGACUUUUAAAGGGACGGUUCUUGUUUUUUGAGCUAAAUUAACGGCUGUCAACGUGACGACUACAUAAUACCUAAAAUACCAAAUAGCUUUUCCAAAAGCAGAGUCUUACUUUGUUGUCUGACUCCACAUAGCUGGCAUGACCACUGAACAGACUGGUUUCUAGUUAAUUUAAAUAACUAUGCAAUUUUGCCUCUACUUCUAGAUGAACACGCUGUCAAGAACUUGUCAUGGCGCGUACCUUCUAGCUACCCAGUGCACGUACUACCAUAGUCAGUAACCAUUAAAAUACAGAUAUCCGCUCAAAUUGCACAGAGUAUAGAUCGAUUUAUGAGAAGAAUUUUCAUGUGUAUUGCGUUUGUCUUUUGGUUUUCAGUUUUUCCUUUUCUGAGGAAACGAAAUCCUAUGUUGCAUUUAAAAGCUUUAAAUAAAGAUUUGUUUAUAUA